ACCUACUUUGGUAAGCGUUUGAUAGAAGGUGAAUUGAUGGUGCGGUGUGUUGUUGUGCAAUAUCUGUAACAACUGAACGAGGAGGCGACUGAAAUUGCUGACUGACCGUCGCCUGCUCAAAGUAGACACAAAGUAUCCAAACAAGAUAAAUCUCUCUUGUAUUGCAUUAUAUUAUAUCGAAGUUGCAGUCAAAUAUCUGAAUAAGUGUCCAAAUGUAUGGAACAUUUUAACAUAGAGAUGGAAGAACUAUCUUGGCAUGGGAAGUGACUGUUCAACAGCUUCAAUGAAACCCCAACAUUCAUUUCUUUCCCCUUAAAUCCUCACUAUUAUUUAUUGUUGUUGUGUCAUUUAUUUAUCCCGAAAUUAGUUUCUUUAUUGAUCCCAUUAACAACAAUUUCCUUCUGAGUAUAUGUUUGAGAAGGCUUGAUAUAAAAACAGUAUUCUUUACGUUUUUUUUCCUGCUCGUAUAAAAUUUAUUUACUUCAUAAAUUUUCGUCAAAUUUGACUAAUACCCAGGAAGAAAGCAACCAAAAUAUAGUUAAUGUAACUAUAUGACUAACUAAAUGUAAUAGGAAAACUUGGACUAUUAUCUUAGACAUUUGCUAUCCUCUCUUUUAUAGAAUUAUCCAGUUGCGCACUUAUCACGAAGGAUUGCAAGAUUCAGAUUUUACUCCGAAACUAGUUACACCUGUAAUUACUAAAAUCUUUGCACUGUACCUCACUUUAUUUAUAUUCUCCUUUUUGCCUUAAGGAUACAUGAAUGCUCUAAGAAUGGAACACCUGGUCUCAUUAUUCUCACUGGUUGUGACGUUAUCUACCGUCUUCUUCUCUUCAGCCAUCCUUCUUGUAGCAUAACAAUAUACCUCUAUUUCAUAUCGAACUAAGCCAGCCGUGUCCUUUCUCUUAUUGAGCAAGAUAAACCAUAUUUGCAUCAGUAUGGGCUUUUUACAUCAACUUCGUUUGCUACUUUGGAAAAACUUUACUCUGAAGAAGCGUUCACCGUUGGUUCUGCUGUUUGAACAAUUUAUUCCUUUAGUGUUGUUUGUCAUCUUGAUCUUAAUUCGAAGAAAACAACCAGCUCAUCCAUGGAAAGCAAGUUUCUAUGCAGCAAAACCUUUACCUUCAGCAGGUGUUGUUUCUAUUAUGCAAGCAUUUUGUGAUGGUGGUUCCUGGGAUGAAAAUAGUUUUGUUACAUUCCCAAAGAACAGAGUGCAUGAAUUUCUUGGUGAAGUUCAAUCUGUGGCCAAAGACAACAACUUUUUUGUUCCUGGAUUUAGUCCCACUGAAAUGGAUGAGAUUCCUGGCAUUUACAAGAGUAUCAUUGACAAUCCUGCUGCUUUACAUGACAGCUUUAAGAAUGCAAAAAAUUUUCAUCUUAAUUCUGUGUUAAGUAACACCAAUAAAUUGGAGCACUUUCUUGAGCAAAACAUGUCAUUAACAAGCAAAGAAGCUGAAAGCAUCCUGGAUGCUUCCGUUAAUGUUAAAAAGAUCUAUGAACUUUUAUUUGGAACUUCAUUGGACUUACCAUUUAAAAUCCGAGAGAAAAGAGAUGUUAAUACAACAGAACAAAAUUCUCUUAAAGCUUUACAUACAAAUGUAUUGAAUAAUCUAAAUUAUGAAAUGAUGGAACAUUCUGCAGAAGAUUUAAUUCCUAAGGCAGAGAUGUUUCCUGAAGUUUCCAUGAUUGGUGAAGGCUUGUUAUAUGAGCUCCUAGAGAAUCCCCAGCUAAAACUUGAUGACUCAUUGCUGGAUGUAAUACGCCAGCUUCUUGGAAUACCAGUGUCAAAAUCUAAUAAAAUUGAUCCUUAUGAAGUAGCAGAGGUUUUGAAGAUGAUUCUGCUGUCCCCUGCAUUAGUGAGAAAAGUGGCCUGUGAUUACCAGAAUACAUCAAUCAUACUUACUCCUAGUUCCAAUAGCAGUAUCACAUAUUUGAUUGAUGCUCAAAGGAAAAUCUGUAAAUCAAAUAAAGAAGACCUGCAGAAAUUUGUUGAUCUUCUCAAAUCAGACAUCUCUGAUGAAGAAAUUGUGAAUAUUCUCCAUCUUCGCAAUUUGAAUGUUACUGAAGCAGAAAACCAAGUAAAAGACUUUUUAACUAAGGUGGAGAAAUUCUACAUGUUUCAAAAGAAUCUCAAUGAGCUGAGUAUGUUAGCCAGUUCUCUCCCACAAGAUGCAUGUGACCAGUUUCUCCCUGCUGGAGCAGAAACCUCAUCAGCUGUUCCAAAUAAUUUCACUGUUUUAAAUAUGUCUGACAGUCAUGCAUCAACAGUGCUGGAUCCACCGGGUAGUGCAACAUCAAAUUCAGCUCCUUCAAACUCUGAUUCUAAAACAAACAGUAAAGAUCGGUAUAUUGGCUUACUGAAGAUCUGGACAUCAAUGCAGAAGACUAUAUGUGGCCAUGAUACCAACAUCCCAAAAGAUAAAUGGGAAGAUGAUAUUCGCAAUAUGAACCUUGAUGACCUUGGAAUGUCUAUUACUCAACAACAUAACAUUGGUAUUCUUGUCCAUGUUCUAUACAGCAAUCCGAAAGUACUCUAUGCUCCUGCUAACACAUCAGCUGACAAUGUCAUUAGACAGGCUAAUCAAACAUUUGCUCUGUUAGAUCGCAUUAGUGAGUAUGCUGAAAAAUGGCUGAAUAUUUCAGAGGAACUCCGCCUCUAUCUGUCACGCAAUGAAACAGCUGAGCAUUUGGACUCAAUCAGAGAGAUUCAACAAGAUUUGAAGAGACGUAAGACAUUGGCAAUGUUAUUACGUACAGACUCAAGAAUUGACAAAUUCUUAAAUAUCACAAUUCCUACUCCAGAAUUUUUUCUGCUUCAACUGAGCAAUAUAGACAAUGCAGCUUGCAGUUGGCGUGCCAUGCUGUCUGGUAUUAGCCUUAAUGUAUUUCAGGGAUUUUCUGAUGAACAGAAACUAGUUGACUAUGUAUUUAAUGAGGCUUACCAUGACAAUGUCAGUGUUUUUGCCAGUGUAUUAUUUGAAAACAUUCAUCCUGAUGGAAGCCUCCCUCCUCACAUAAGAUAUAAAAUCCGACAAAAUGCUUCGUUUACUCCCACAACUAAAUUAGUCCGAAGUCGAUAUUGGUAUCCAGGACCUGGCCCUACAAAGCAAUCUUAUUACCAAUUUGGAUUUGUGUGGAUUCAAGAUAUUAUUGAAAGAGCCAUCAUUGACACGCAGGUGGGCCAUGAUGUUGUUGAACCAGGUGCCUACAUUCAUCAGUUCCCUUAUCCUUGUUAUGUUUAUGAUCAAUUUGUUUUCAUGAUUGAACAUGUGAUGCCGUUAUGUUUGACUAUUUCAUGGGUCUAUACUGUGGCUAUGUUGGUUCAAAGUAUUGUUUAUGAAAAGGAACAAAGACUAAAAGAAGUUAUGAAAAUGAUGGGUUUAAAUAAUGCUGUCCAUUGGUGUGCUUGGUUCACCACUACUUUUAUUCAAAUGACCAUCACUAUGGCUAUUUUAACAGCAAUGUUGAAAUAUGGAAAAGUCCUUACUCACAGUGAUCCUUGGGUUAUAUUCACUGUUCUUGAAGUUUUUGCUCUUGCCACAAUUUGCUUUUCUUUCCUGGUGAGUGUUCUGUACUCAAAAGCCAAGCUAGCAGCAGCCUGUGCAGGUAUUGUUUAUUUCCUCACAUAUGUACCUUACAUGUACAUUGCUAUCAAAGAAGAAGCUGCAGGGGAUAAAGUACUGGCAAUAACAAAAUCAAUUGCUUCCCUAUUCUCAACGACAGCAUUUGGACUUGGUGCCAAAUAUUUUGCUUUCUAUGAAGAAGAGGGUGUUGGUGUCCAUUGGGAUAACAUUUCUAUAUCUCCUGUUGAGAAUGAUGACUACAAUUUGGCCCUUGUUACUAUGAUGAUGUUAGUAGAUUCAUUAUUAUAUGGAUUGUUAGUAUGGUAUAUUGAGAAUGUCCAUCCAGGUUCUUUUGGUUUGCCCAAGCCAUGGUGUUUCCCCUUCACUCAGUCUUACUGGUGUGGUACAACUGGAAAACCAGAAUCAAAUCAAUGUACAUGGUUUACCAAAUUAUUUAAACGGAGUCAUAUCAGUCUGUCUGUAACAGAAGAGGAUCAAGCAUGUGCUAUGGAGCAAAGACAGUCUGAAUACUUCCAGAAUUUUGAACCAGAACCUAAACAUUUACCUCUUGGUGUAUGCAUUGACAACUUAACAAAGGUUUAUAAAACUGGCAAGAAAGUUGCUGUGAAGAAUUUAACAUUGAAUUUAUAUGAAGGACAGAUCACUUCUUUCUUAGGCCACAAUGGAGCUGGUAAAACAACCACAAUGUCCAUUCUCACUGGAUUUUUUCCUCCAACAUCAGGUUAUGCUAUGGUGUAUGGGCAUGAUAUUCGUACUAAUAUGGAUGUUAUUCGGAAAGAUCUUGGAAUGUGUCCACAGCACAAUGUGCUCUUUGAUAAGUUGACUGUAAAAGAGCAUCUGUGGUUUUAUGGACAACUAAAAGGAAUGAAAACUGAAGAGAUAGAACGAGAAAUGGAAACUAUGAUCCAAGAUAUUGGUCUUCCUCGAAAAAAGAACUGUUCAGUAGACUGCUUGUCUGGUGGUAUGCAACGUAAACUAUCUGUUGCCAUUGCUUUUGUUGGUGGUUCUCGAACAGUGAUCUUAGAUGAACCUACAGCAGGAGUGGACCCUUAUGCUCGGCGUGCAAUCUGGGAUCUUUUAGUUAAGUACAAAAACGGGAGGACAAUACUGUUGUCAACACAUCACAUGGAUGAAGCUGAUAUCUUAGGGGAUCGCAUUGCAAUUAUUUCUGAUGGUCAGUUAAAAUGUUGUGGUUCCUCAUUAUUUUUGAAGAACACUUUUGGAGAAGGAUAUCACAUUAAAAUGGUAAAGAAAGAAUCUGAAGAAACAUUUGAUGUCUCAGAACGUCUUCCUGAUUUGAAACCUCGAGAAUCUUUCUUGACUGAAUGCCAACAAAGCAGUGUAACAAAUUUCAUAAUAAAACAUGUGAAAUCAGCAUAUUUGAAAUCCGAAAGCAAACGUGAGCUACAUUAUAUUUUACCUUUUGAGGAAAUUAAAAAGGGAAAUGCAGAGCGCUUGUUCCAAGCUUUGGAAUCUUCUCUUGACACCCUUGAAAUCAGUAGUUUUGGUGUUAUGGACACAACACUUGAAGAAGUUUUUCUUAAAGUCACUGAAUCAUUUCAUUGUCCUGAAGUGAUCUCAGAAAACAAGCCAAGUGAUACACUAAAUACCAACUCAUUUAUUGCUGAUUAUUUGUCGGGUUCUCGGAAUCAAGAAAAUGAAAUUAGUAAUAAUGAACCUGAGGGUACAGAUACCAGUUCUACAUCCAGUUUGUUGGAUGUUUCAAAUACUGAUCAGAAUCCAACUGAAACUGCUAUGCAUUAUGAUGUGGAGAUGAACAGUAUGGCUGGGCAACCACAACAAUCUAAAAAACAAAAAUCUGAAAGAAAGAAUGUGGCCACUGCUAACAAACAUGGCAAUUAUGUUAAACUGGAAGAAGAAAUAGAUGAGACAAACCAAAACGAAUUUCCUGAUAUGCAAACUGAAGGAUGUGGUAGCAUUUUAUUAACAGGACACUGGCUUAACCUCAAUCAGUUCAGAGCCAUCAUCAUUAAACGCUUCUACUAUAUCAGACGUAAUUGGAAGGGACUCUUCUCUCAAAUCCUUCUCCCUGCUUUGUUUGUAUGUAUUGCCAUGACUGUUGCUUUGACCGCUCCUGGACUUGAUGAUCUUCCACCACUUGAACUCAGCCCCUCUCAAUAUUUCAACUUGACCCAACCAGAAGGAAAUUACAUACCUUAUGCAAAUCAGAAAACAAAACAAUUCAGUAAAUCUAGUGAUGCGGGUCCUGAUGAAAUCAUACGCACAUUUUACUACCCUUCAGGUGUUGGAGCAACAUGUGUUUUGAAAUCCCCAUUUAAUAUAUCUUUCAGUGGCAGUGAUCUUCACAAAAACUACAAACUACUCUUAAAAUAUUUUGAAGAUAGUUGUGAGAAGGUAUUUGUGCAUGGUCUUCCUUUAGAUAACUUUGUCCCUCCAUUACCUCUCUCUAAAAACAAGGAUAAUCAAAUGAAAUCUAACACAUCGUGGCCAACUCAGAAAGAACACUAUUAUCCCUUGUGUAAAUGUGCUGCAGAUGGUUCUGGCUUUAUUUGCUCUGAUAAUGGACAUAAAAAACCCAAGAGUAAAACAUUAGUAACAAGUGAUAUAAUUCAGGAUAUAAGCAGAACAAAUCCUGAGAAAUUUUUCUUGUAUACAACUGAUGAAUACAGAUUGCAUCGCUAUGGUGGUAUGUCAUUUGGACUGGUCCGUUCAAUGGUACCAAAAGACUUUGGAAAUUCUGCACCUGCACUAUUUAGACGCCUUGCAGUAAGAAAUGUAGCAAAGGUGCUCUUUAAUCCCAAAGGUUUCCAUUCAACACCUGUGUACUUAAAUACACUUAAUAAUGCUAUUUUGAGAGCCAAUUUACCCAAAGAGAAGGGUAAUCCAGCUGCAUAUGGAAUCACUGUGACCAACCAUCCCAUGAAUCAUACUAACAACAAGUUAUCUAUGGAUUACAUCCUACAAGGAUCUGAUGUGCUGAUUGCAAUUUUCAUCAUUGUUGCUAUGUCAUUCGUCCCAGCAAGUUUUGUAUUAUUCUUGGUCUAUGAACGUUCUAUCAAAGCAAAGCACUUGCAGUUUGUCAGUGGCAUGGAUCCUUUUAUCUACUGGCUAGCAAAUUAUGUAUGGGAUAUGUGUAAUUACGUGAUCCCUGCAUUUUGCUGCAUUGGAAUCCUUCUAAUUUUUGAUAUUCCAUCGUACGUGUCGCCAACGAAUCUGCCAGCAGUUGUUUCCCUUUUCUUACUGUAUGGCUGGUCAAUUACUCCAGUCAUGUACCCAGCAUCCUUUUGGUUUCGGGAACCAAGUACAGCUUAUAUCUGCCUCAUUGUCAUCAACUUAUUUGUAGGCAUUACCUGUAUUGUUUGCAGUUUUCUUCUAGAAAUAUUCUCUUAUGACAAGGACCUGAAACGUAUACACUUACUUCUAAAGAAUAUAUUCCUACUCUUUCCUAAUUAUUGCCUUGGCAGAGGAUUGAUGGAUAUUGCAUUCAAUCAGUACAAAAACAUGUUUUACUUCAAAACAGGACAAUAUCAUUAUAUGAGGUCACCAUUUGAAUGGGACUUAACAACAAAAAAUCUAACAGCUAUGGCAGGAACAGGCUUGUUCUUCUUCAUUAUAACUCUUUUAUGCGAGUAUCGGUUUUUCAUAAAAUCAAGACCCUCAGAUGUUGCUAACAAACUACCACAAGAUGAAGAUGUAGAUGUUGCCAGUGAAAGAAAACGCAUCUUAAGAGGUUCAGCUUGCAAUGAUGCAUUGUGUCUGAAAAAUUUAACAAAGAUGUAUGUGACCAGAAAAUUAGGCAAACAUCUAGCUGUUGAUCAUCUUUGCCUAGGUGUACCAACGGGUGAGUGUUUUGGGCUGCUAGGUGUGAAUGGCGCUGGGAAAACUACAACUUUCAAGAUGCUAACUGGAGAUAUAGCACCAACAAAUGGAGAUGCUGAACUUCACCGUUUCAGUAUCUUGAAAGACCUGAGUAAAGUACGACAGAACAUUGGAUAUUGUCCACAGUUUGAUUCCCUUUAUGAUGAAUUAUCAGCUCGAGAGCACCUUCAGUUUUAUGCUCGUCUUCGAGGGAUUCCUCCAAAAGACGAAGCAAUUGUUGUCAAGCAGGCUCUAAAGAAAUUAGCUUUGACUGAAUUUGCAGACAAGGCAUCAGGCACUUACAGUGGUGGAAAUAAACGGAAGCUAUCCACUGCCAUAGCACUAAUCGGAAAUCCUCCAGUUAUUUUUAUGGAUGAACCUACCACAGGCAUGGAUCCAUAUUCCAGACGGUUCCUCUGGAAUCUAAUUAUAGAUCUUGUAAAAUCUGGUCGAUCAGUCAUACUCACCUCACACAGCAUGGAAGAAUGUGAAGCUCUCUGUACACGUCUAGCUAUUAUGGUAAAUGGCAGCUUCAAAUGUCUUGGCAGUACUCAACAUUUAAAAAAUAAAUAUGGUGAUGGCUACACAUUUGUAAUUCGUAUUAGGGGACCAAACUACGAAAGAAAUUGCUUGAACGUCAAACACUUUAUCGAUAAAAAUUUCCCUAAUGCUAAAAUUAAGGAGCAACACAUUAACAUGCUUCAGUAUGAAAUUAAGUCGAAGACUAUUUCUCUAGCUUACAUCUUUUCUAAGCUUGAAGAUGCUCAAAGAGAUUUCCAGAUUGAAGACUAUUCUGUCAGUCAGAAUACUCUAGAUAAUGUAUUUAUUAACUUUGUGAAACAACAAACAGAAAUCGUCCAGGAACUCGAAGACAAUGAUGCAUCUUCUGAUUCUUUGAACACUUCAUCAACAACCAAUAUUGUUUCUAGUUGUGCUCCUAAUCCUGAAGAGAUAUUGGAAGGUGAACCAGAUGACAUCAGUACUUCAUUUGACAGACUUGGAACACGGCUCUCCCUGCUAAACAUUGAAAUGUCAACAUGCUGAUGCCAACUUCUGUGAUAUUUUGGGGGUGGGAAGGAAUUGCAAGAUUCCAGAACUGUAUAAUUCUUAAUUCCAUUCCAUGUGCUGCCAUUUAUUUAAGAUAUUUUUUUCCCUCUUUUUAUUAUUUAAAAUCUCUUCAUAUUUUACAAUCUCCAGAACUUAUUUAUAUCUAUUUGAAUGUAUCUUAUCUUGUUGAUAUCAUUUAUUUAAAACCAAAAAUAAAAUAAAAAAUGAGAAAUUUUGAAAAAAAAAAAAGAAACUCUCAAUAACCUGUGAAUGCCAACAUAAACCUCUUCUAAACAUUUGGAACUCUCUUAGGAUUAAUUCCUCAAACCAUUGGGAUGUGACUGAAUGGAUUCAAUCAUGUUUUUUAUAAUGUUCAAGGAGGAUUAUUUUAUUUCAGUUUUAUCAACUCAAGAAUUAAAUUUCUUGUUGAUAUACCCCCCAAAAAUUGUUUUCACACUUAAAAAAUUUUAUUUAUGCAUUUGAAUGAGUUAUUUUUGUUCAUUGGUCUAUUACAAGAAAGCAUUUUCAAAAGACAAUGAAAACUAAAACCUUAAGAUAUAUAAAGUAGAACAUGUAUUGUCAUACUAAGGUGAAAAUAGUUAUCCAUGUACACUUUUAGGGGUUAUUUUUUUAAAACUUGAAAGAAAAAUAAACUGAUUUUUAAAAACCUAACAAAUUUUUUUUAAUAUAUACAUAUAUAUUUUCUUGAAUCUUUCAUUAGAAGAAUAUUUCCUUAGAAAUAUUGCAAUUAACAAUACCUGAUUACUUUUACUUGUAUAUUGUAUCCAUUGUCAUAAAUGUGUCAUUAAAUUGCUUUUAUGUUUGCUUUACAUCUUCAUAUGCAUUUUGAAUGAGGCCAAAAGAUCAGAUGUGUUAUAGUCAUCUUGGGUGAAGAAAAAAAACAGAAAUUGCUGGGUUGUCCAUAAUAUAUAUAUAUGUGUGUGUGCUUGGUUGUUUAUAUCUCUUGAAAGUCAUAGUUUAUAAAAAAACUGGAAUAUUAUGAGUCACUCAGUUGGCUCACGUGAUUUAAUUAGUGCAAACCAAUGCAUUAUAAUGCUGCUGAUUAGUCUGAUAUCAGGUUGUAUGUUCAAUGAUUGGUGAAUGUGUCUAUCCUUAUUUGAAUAUUUAUUUCUUCUAAAAUGUGAGACCUAUUAUUAUUUAUUUUGGGUUGUCUGGUUUUUCUAAUAUUCCUAAAUGGUAAGAAUGAGGAUCAGAUUAUCUAUGAAAUGUGCCUUAAAAUAUUAUCAACCCCCACCUUUAAUUUUUCUUUCUCCUAUUCUACUUCAUCUGUUAAUCUUUUUUUUUUUUUUGGCUUUUAUUUUUGGUGAAAUUAAUAAAAUUGUCGUUUUUAUCAUAUCUUUCACUUGAAGAUAAACAAUGUCAUUAGUAUUUUCAAUACUACAUUUUCUUGUUUCCAUUUUUGUCUUUGAAUUUUGUCACAUCAAAAAUUAAGAUUGACCUCAUGUAUUUUUCAUUCAUUUGCAAUAUUAUUCUAAUUAUUAUCAUUGAUAUCCAAUUUGAGCUUUGACUCAACUUUUCAUUUCUCCAGGGACUAAUAAAAUAUAUAUCAGUAAUAUACUGGUUGAUUCGGCUUUGCCUCUAAUCAAAAAAAUAUGAGUUACAAUAGUAAUAAUAAUUUAUUUUUGUUUCUUUUUGAAAAUAAUUUUCAAACACUAAAAAAAUGAUAGAGCUGUGUGAUAGCUAGUUCAGUAGUUGACUUUUGUGGUAAAUCCUAGAAGUCGCUCUUGUCUGAGAGAUAGAUAUUAGAAAUAUGAAAGCAUUAAUUUAUACUCCUUAUCCUUCUGAACAUUAAAGUUUCUCCUCCAAGAAGUUCUUAUGGUCAUUUAGUUAGUGUGAUUGAAGAAAGUGAAGUUUGUCACUGGACCAGUGAUAAUUUUCAUCAGCUUGAGUCAAAUCAAAUAGAACCAAGACAUUCUUGUGUUCUAUGAAAUGUUAAUAUCUGACAUUUUAUGUGCGACCUUUCAUGAAAGAAUAAAAAGGAAAUGUCAGAUAACACUGGGUCACAAGUUUUCGGUGGUAAAUAGGGAUAUUUACUAAAAUAUGAUGGGUUGCAUUUGAAAUUAUGUAGUUAUGCUAAGACAAGAAGCAGAUAGUAUUUUUAUUUCAAUGAUAUCCAUUAUCAUAAAAAAUAUAAUAAAGAAGUAGUAAAGUAUCUGAAAGAAGGUUAUAAGAAUAUUUGCUUUUGUUGGUGACAAAACUAUUUUCUUUCCUUAGAAAAGAGAAAAUUAUACCUUAGCUACUAGAAUCACUGAGUUGAAAAGUAAAUUAUUAAAAAAAAAAAAAUUCUGAUCCAUUGUACAUGCAAUAUGAAAAAUACUGUGCAAAAUGGUAUGGGAUUGACAAACGUUUUUUACUUAAGAAGUUAAUGUUACCCAAAAGAUAUGAAUAAAUUAAGUACCACGAACUUACUUUACUCGUAUCGGGUAGAUUUUGAAAAAUAACUUUUCACUGACCAGAGGUGAAUAGUUCUAAACAGCUACUGAAGGAGAUAAUUGGACUGACUUCAGAGUUAUUUGGCCAUUUAUUACAUUAACUAGAUCAGUGAAAAGUUAUUUUUCAAAAUCUACCUGAUACAUACCAAUGUCAACCUUAAAUUCACAGCAAUAGAUUGAUAACAUAAGUUAAGCUAUGUAAAGAAAAAUCACAAUUUUAAUUAUAACCAUUUCUCAUUUCUAAAGUAUAAUAGAGUAGGUACUAAUUUGGGCUACCAACUUAAUACUUUUGUGAUCAGAUCUGCUGCUGGCUUGUCAUUCUUGCAACGGACAGGUAAUAUUUUCAGAUGUUUCUAUCUGAUUGGUGUAUUUCAUCUGUGAUUCAUAUAGCAUCAUGAAACAAGGGUUAAACUUUAGUUGUUGGGCUUUAGAAAAUGCUUAUCUUUCUGUAAUAGAUUAGAAUUGUAUCAAUGGAUUGUUAAAUUCUUUAAUGCUUUUGUUACCAUAUUUCUGUUCCAGCACCCUUCCUUUGUUUUAAUUUUGAAAAUGAAGAAUUUAGUAAAAUAACUUAUAUUGGUUUUUGGAACAUAAAUUAACAUGAAAUUAUGAAGAAAGGCUUUAAAUUUAGACCACUUUAAAAGAAGUUUGAAUCUUAGAACCAGGGAUGGUCUCAGGCUGAAUGUUUCAUAUGUUUUCUUUUGUUAAAUACAUGAUUUGGUCAAAGUAACAACAAAUAGUUCUUUAUGUAUUAUAUUAUUAUUCUGGCCUGAUCUAACACUAGUGGUGGUAUUACUGUACUGAUGAAUGUUAGAAAUGUAUAAUGGUUAUCUACAACUAAAUUGGAUCUUUUUUAGGGAAAAUGUCAAAAUCCAUGCUUAUUAGUAAAAUAUUUGUAUUUCUUGAUUCAGUGAUUUUGUGUGUAUGCGUGAAUGCAAGUGUGUUUCAUUUCAAUUUUGUGUAUUGUUGUUGAGUUUGAUGUGGGAAUCAGCAUCUUUGCCUACUUCAAAAACUUUAAAAAAAAAAAAAAAACUUACCUGUAUUAUCUUGUUAUCUUAUUGUUGUCGUCUUUAAACUUUGUCAUACCUUUUACUAAAUGACUCUUAUUCACUAAACUGAAUCAUAAAUUAAAUCACUCUCAUUCACUCUGUCUCAAUAUCAACCAAUGGAUAUUAGAUAUCAAAGUUUUCAAAAAAUUUCACCUUAACUUUCACUGCUAAACAGUUCUAUAUAUUAAAUUUUGUUUUAUGAAAUCUGACAUGCAAGAAAAAAUAGUUUCAUUGAAUUUUAAAUGUUUCAUAUUUUUUACAAAACAUAUUUACUUUGUUUUGACAUUCUGUUUGGCAAGUGUCCUGAUUUCAGUUCCAAUAUGGAACUUUUGUUUUAGUUAUUUCUCUAAUGAUCUUGGGAAGAUUACAAACACCACGAUUUUCCUUUUCCUCCCACUUUAAUCUUUAGAUUCCACAUUUAAUUGAGGAAUCAAUGACUGACAGUGAAAUUUUAAUCUCAUAGAGAGAACUGGACUUAAUGUUUUUCAACUCAGAAUCCCACCAAAUCUUCUUUGUUCUCCCUGGUACACAGGAAUUGAUAAGUACCAGUUACACAAGAGAGUGAACCUUACAACCCUGUUAAAAGAUUUUCCUUGUACUUCAUCAAAAAAAAAAAAUCAUUUGUAUAAUUUUUUGUCAUGUAAUCUGAAUGGUUGUGAUAUAAAAUGUGAGCCUUUUUUUUUUUUUUUUAGCCUUCACUAUAAUUAAGCCUUACAUAUCCUUUUAUCAUUCAAUUGACCAUAAGAUAACUGGUAUUUUUUUUUUAUCUAUUUAGUGGUCAAUGGUAUUCUCUUGAGCUGGAAUAUUCUUUUCAAUUCAACUAUUUACUAUUAUUAUUAAGACAGUGAGCUGGCAGAAUCAUUAGCAUGUUGACCAAAAUGCUUAGUGGCUUUCUUCCAGCUCUUCACAUUCAUAUUUCAAAUUCUGCCAAGGUCAACUUUGUCUUUCCUUUCAGAGCAAGUAAAAUAAGUACCAGUUGAGCUCAGGAGUCAGUGUAAUCAAGCUCCUUCCUCCAAAAUUUCAGGUCUUGUGCCUAUAUUAGAAAGUAUUAUUAUUUAGGCUCUGCUGCCGGCGUUUGUCUAAUUCAUACCUGUGUGGGAAAAAUAUACAUUACAGAUAAAUAUUGACAAUAAGUGGUUAUUUUGAAAAUAUUACUUUAGUUUAUUCACUUCUGAUAUUGGAAUAUAUGCAAUAGCAUUACAGGUUUAUUAUAUUUUUUGUUUCUUUCUCAAAGCUCUUUUGUCACAUGUCCUGUGAUCUUUUCAGUGGUCUAAGCAAAAGAAGACGAGACACAUGAGAUAAAGAAUUGCUGAUAUCGUUUACAGAAUUCAAUUUUUUUUUCCCCAUCUAUAGCUACAUAUCCAAGUCUUUCAAAUAAAAUCUAUUCAUAUUGUCCCCUAAAUUAUUAAGUCAUUAAAUAAAGUUAUUUGAAUUUUAUCUGGACAUCUUCAGUCCAAAAUUGAAAUUCUUUCAUUUCCCUUUUAAAUAUAACUUAACUGUUAUGAAUUCCUCUUGCAAUAGAAUUAUUUUGAUUUAUAUGUUAAAAAAUCCAUUUAGUUAUGAUUCUAUUUUUGAGUUCAUCAUGGUCCUUUAUUUCUUAAUAGUUGUAACAAUAUUUCACUUAUUGAUGAUGUCCAUCACAUGAUCUCAUUUAUUUCUUCCUUUGAUUAUCAGCCUAGAACCUAAUGUUAAAAGAAAUAUUUUCUCAUUAAACUAUUUUUUGUCAUUGAUCUCUACAAUCUCUUUAUUCUAUGCAACUUGCAAACAGUUAAAUAUUAUCAUUAUAUACAUUUUUAGGGUAGAUAAACUGAUGUAAUCAAUUAAUUUCAAAAUGUAUUAUAAUUUAUAAUUGUUUAACAGCAUUGGUAUAAGAAAGCAAUUAAGGUUCUAAGAUUUUUCUUCACACCAAAUUUAUAAUACUUGUCAUCUAGAUAAUAUUAAUUUAAUUAUAAUUCCUGAUGAUUACUGUGUCAUAUAAAACAUAUCUUUCAGAAAUUUUGAAUAUUGAUUUCCUGUGAAUAUUGUUAAUUUUAUUAAUAUAAAAACAUAUAUAUAGAUAAUAUUCUCUUUCUUUUUGUGUGUGUGUGUACAUUUAUUCUAUAAAAGUGAAAAAUACCUCAAAUAUCAUUGGAUAAACAGGUAAUUCUACAGGACUUAUAAAUUAUUUUUAUUUAUAUGUAGCAGGAAAAGUAAAUUGGUCAAAUGGUUAAAGAACUUUUGGACCAUAAGUUUAUAUUCUAUUGAUCUGUGCAAUGUGUAUUCUACUCAGCACAGUUCACUACAAUACGAAAAGGGGUGCCAGGCCCUCUGAGGUGGAAGCUACUUGUAAAAAUGACCAACAUCAUGUCGAGGGAGCUGUGAGUAUUGUGUUUUCAUGUUCCCAAAACUGGAACUACUCACUAGUCCAGUGAAUCCUUGGUGUUUGCGAAAUGAUACUAUUUCAACUAUGGCUUUAAAAUCAUUUUUUAAUUAUUUAUAUUAAGAUAUUUACAGGGCCAGGCCAAGGCUGGCACCUCUGGCAAGCUGAAUUUAAGCAACUUUUAAAUGUAUAACUUUUAAUUUUCAGAAGAGGGGUGGGAAAUGGUGAAUGUCAGAAUAAAAUGUUUAUUACAAUACACAGGCUAAGGGAACAAGUUCAAAGACAGCAUCAUCUUAGUCUUUCAAUCAAUAUAAUUUAGGUAGGCAGAGAAGCAUCUACAUUGCUGGCAAUGAUCUCAACAUAUUUUUGUUACAAACAUUUGAGUGGAGGAUAUAUGGUGAAAGUUCAAAGAUAGAUCUUCUUGUUGAUGUAAUGAAUUUUUCUGUUAAUAAAAUAAAAGAACAGAAACUGGGAAAAGUGUUAACUAUCCUAACUAAAACCAUUUUUUUUCCCUUGACUUUUGAUCUGAAAAUGUCUUUUCACACCUUCGAUAUCUUUUUCACAUCAUUUUUUAUUGACAAAAUUGCCAAAAAUUUUUUUGUUUUUUCAUGGAUGACUAUAAAUAUAUUUACAAAAACUUUCCUCUCCCUUCACCACAGUUAUAGGUAAACAACACAUGAGAUGGAACACACAUACACACCCCUAGGAACAUGGUAUCCCAAGUAAUUGCUCUAGUAGCUGAUGCCUUCAGCUGGUUCUUGUUAUUUCUAUAAGUAUGACCAUCUAAAAGUAAAUUGCUAUUAUGAUAAUGAUGAUUUUCCUAUAUGAUUCACUUUAAAACAUUUUGGCUUAAAGCUUUUCUUUUAAUAUUUGCAAACAUCUUUUUAAAUUUAAUCUUUCUCAUAUUAUUAAAUGUAUUUGCGAUGUAGUAUUUAUCUUUGCAUCACAGAGUAUUUGAAGAAGUGAGGAUAAUUUGAAACAUUUAUUUUUUAAUAUCUUACAAACUUUUGUUCUUGCAUUCAAAAUAGCUGUUUGUAAUAGCAAUAAACAAAAUUCACUGUGUGAAAAAGUAUCGUCUUCUAUUAGAAUAGCUUCCAAAUUGCCUUUUGAAAUCCAUGGAAAUAUCCAAAGAGGUCGAUCCUUUAUAGAUAAAAUUUACACACACAUUUAUAUAAAAGUGUUAGUCUGAACAAAAAAAUUAGUGUACUUAAUACAAAUUAGCAUGUAAAUCAUACAAGAAAAAUUACAUAUGGGCUAACUGAACCCUAGCUAAUUUUUCUACCAUGAAACUCAGUCUUCUUCUGAACAGUUAGCUUCUGUGUGUAAUAUAUAUAUUCAUUUAAUAUCAAGGAAGAAUUGAUUUUGUUUCAAGUUUUCUACUAAGUGUAAGCAACUUAAUGCCUUGUAACAGUAUUUUACUUUGAUAAAAAGAAAUUGAUAUUCUGUUUUGGACCUGUCAUCAUUAUUUUAUUGAAAAUAUUACCAAAGAUUUAUGAUUAGAAACUUAGAAUAUAGUUUUGCCUUUUGUCUCUACUUCUAAAUAUAUAAACAUAGAAUUCUUUCUGAGUAUGUUAAAUAUUGGCAAUUCUAUCAUAAUUUUAAUAUCAUAAAAUAUGUUUGUUCUUUGUGAAUAUAAACAUUUGUCUUUUUUCAAAUAGGAAUAACAAGACAAUAAUCAACUGAGGGAUAGAUCCUAAUUCUUAAUGAACUUAAUAAAUAUAAGUGAAUUCUGUUUAAAUCUUGGAUUUUCAUAUGAAUCUGUUGUCAUUUUUUCUUGGAUUCUUGUUCAGAAUAUUUUUUUUUUAUUUGUUCAUUUAAUUUAAAACCAUUUCUUUCUCUGUACAAUUGUGUUUAGACACAGCAUGGCCAAAUGGUUAAAGUGUUCAUUUCACAAUCACAAGGUUGUGUGUUUAAUCUCACUGCAAAGCUUCUUGGACAAAAGUGUCUUUUACCAUUACCUUGGUUCAACCCAAGCUUCGUGGGUGAAAUUGGGUUGAUGGAAACUCUGGAAGCUCACCAGAUGGAUUGUACCUGUACUUCAAAGAUACAGCAUUCGCACAUAUACUGUUCUUGCUAAUUCUCUUUAAGGAUUACAUUAAAGGUACAAAAUGCCCAACCACUUACAAGCUAAUUUGUGAGCAGGUAAUUCAGUUGAUCAAACUGAACCCACCUCAUCCAAACCAACAAAGAUCCAUUCAUUUUUUCACUUACGUACACUUAGUAUCACUUGUAUUUUCACUGAAAAAUAUUGGACUUAUGCAUAUGACUAGCACUUUUUUGUUUCAUCUUGCCAUCUUUUUUCUUAUUUUCUUAUAAUUUAGGGAAUUAUUCUUUAAAUUGGUAACAAUUCUGAGCAAUAUACUAUAUUCAGUCUCCUUAACUCUGAGGGAAAUAAAUUAUUUGACAGCAUUUAUUGGCUUUGACUUCUCAUAAAGUGUAUUUUAUGUACACUAACAAGGUUUGUUCAGUCUUUCAUUCUACUUCUAUCAACAACAUUUAUUCUAAUCUGGGUAUGUUCUUUUCAAUUUCUCUCUUUUUUUUUCUUUUUUUUUUUUUCUCUGAAUGUUCAGAAGUUUCUUCUUUUGUUGGAUUUAUUCAUUCUUGUUAUAAAAUUAUACUGAAUCUAAUUAAGAAAUAAAAUAUUGGAUAUUCA